UUUAUAGAAUCAUCAAGCACAAUUAAACACAGAUUUCCUUAUUUAGAGGAUUGAAAACAACCUUUAUGCUAUUCAAAACAACCCCUUUUUUUAGUUUCUUUCUCUUUCUCUUUUCUUAUAUAUUUCAUGGCCAUAUUUAAAAGCAAGAAAAAGCAUCCUCCGAUAGAUACAAAAACCACUGUAUCCUCUUCUUCUUCUCCUUUAAGCUCAACUGGCAGUCUUAAAGACAAACCAUCGCAUGCUGAAAUUGAUAGACUAUUUGAAGAAGCAGCUUCUCGACUGAACAUCAAUAUUCAUGAUACAAGUGUCAAGGAAUUAACGACAGAUAAAAAAUGGUUUAUUUUAUGCAAUGAAAGUGCACUGACUUCUAUGGGUACUGUUGUUGGCAAAAAGAAUUCCAGUCACAAGAGUUAUCCAAACACGACCUCGAGUAGUACAGGCUUAAUCCAGUUUGGAACAGAAGAAAACGAACUCUUGUCUCCUAUGCAUUAUAUCAGUUGCUUAUUGGACCAAGAAUCCAAGAUUGAAUUGCGCUCUAAAUUAGUAUCUGAUCUUUCGGUUCGAUUAAGAACCAUGCCUAUUCGAUGGGCACAGGAAUUCAUUGAGAGAGAUGGUAUUAAAGCACUUUUUGAUCAACUGAGUUUAAUCAAUAAGAUAAAUUCAAGGAACCAAAGAGAAUGUCAACUUGAAUUAGAGAUCAUUAAAUGUCUACGCCAAUUGUUUAAUAACUAUUAUGGUAUUCAACAAGUCAUUAGUGAUCCAGCUUAUAUUAUCACCUUAACACAGUCUAUUUUGUCACCUUCUUUGUCCACACAACGACUUGUAUGUGAUGCCUUAACAUUCAUGUGCUAUUUUGAACAACCUAGAGGCCAUGCGAUGGUCAUACAGGGCAUGGAUACCAUUAAAGAAAGCCGAAAUGAUUAUGGCCGAUUUGAUGCUUGGCUCAAGACACUCCUUACUGUUCUGGAGGGUCGCGGUAAGAUGGGAUCUAUUGUAGGUGCCAGUACCGAUGUACGACAAAUUGCGUCUAAAAAGAACCCUGAUGUACCUGUGACAGAGUAUGCCUUAGCCAAUCUUCUGCUACUUCUUGCCAUGAUUGACCCAGACACCAUUGAAGACCGAGAUAAGCGCAUCACACUACGCAACCAACUCUACCAAGCAGGACUUUCUCAAGUGAUGGAAAAAAUGCGUCUGUUUCAUAACGAACUGAUCAAUCUGAAACUGGAAGAGUUUUCUGAACUCGAAGACCAUGAUGCGAUUGCACAUAUGGCUUUACGCGAUGAAAGCACAGAGCCAGACGAAAUGUUAGACACCAUUCUAGGCUCCAUUCGAGGCACACGCGCCUAUGAUUCUCUGUUACGACUGAUGCAGCAUUUGCUGGUCUUACAAUGUGAUUCAGAGACCAAGAAUCGAUAUUAUCAGUUGAUAGAACAUUUUGUGUCUCAGAUCAUUUUGGAUAGAAAAGGCGUCUCGAACAGUUUUGCUAAUACUUAUGGACUGACAGUCAAGGACUUGAUCGCCAAGUUUGCAGAAGAAGACGAGUUAGAGAUGGCUUUACAAGAAGUAGAUGAAGCAAAAGAGAUAGCAAGAAAAGCACUUGAAAGAGAAGCAGCUUUACGACUUCAGGUAGACUUGAAAGCAGAUGGACUUGUUGGCAAGUACCGUGUCAAGAAUGAAGCAUUGGAACGAAGUCUUCGCAUUGCCAACCAAACAAACGCUGUACUUCAACAAAAACUAAAUGAUAUUGAGUCAGAUCAUAGAAGGACACUUGAAUUCAUGGACAAUCAAAUCAAACGGUUGUAUCAGACUGUCUGCAUGCUUGUUGCUAAAACCAAUGAGAAACCAGAACCUACUGAAUCGUUCGAAACCAUCAAGUCCAAAAUAAAUGAUGAACUAGUCCAACAAAGAAGAAGAACGAAGCCAUUACCUAUACCCAAGAAAAAGCCAUUGCCUCAAAAGGACGACACCCCACCAGUAACCCCUAUAAAUACGAUAGCAUCACCUUCUUCUGGACCCAUAGACGCUGCAUUUGAACCCACGCCACCACAUACACCACCCAACAAGACACCCAAUCAUACUUUAUCAUCAAGACCUUCUAACACACCUCCAUCAUUAAAUGAGAUAGCUGUCUCUUCAUCUGUCUCCUUAGAUACGUCUAUACCUCCUCCACCCCCUCCUCCUACAUUACCAGGAUCUAUCACCAAUACUAUUACUUUGUCUGAAAAUGCUGUACCUCCUCCACCGCCGCCACCGCCACCACCACCACCACCAAUACUUGCAUCUAAUAUCAAUUCAAAUACGACAGGUCUUGUUGGACCCCCUCCCCCUCCCCCUCCUCCACCUUUACUUUCAUCUACAAACACGCCUCCUCCCCCUCCUCCACCGCCACCACCCAUGCUUGCAUCUACAAUCACAUCUCCUCCCCCUCCUCCACCGCCUCCAACUGCUCCCUGUUCAACACCAUCUCAACCAUCUAAAGAACUCCAUCAAUCCAAACAAAAACUUAAAUUCGUUGAAUGGGAAAAAAUCAACCGUCGCCAACUUGGAGAAACCAUUUGGGAACAUUUAGAACAAGACACAGAUGACGAUGAUGAUGAACCUGUCCAAGACGUGGACUUGUUUGAUAACCAGUCCCUGAUUACAAAAAUGUCGAGAGCAGAUGUGUUUUCAUCAAUUGAAAAGACGUUUGCUCAAAAACCUGCUGUGGAUCUCUCCAAACGUAAAAAGAAAUCAACUGAUAUGAUUGAGUUAUUAGACCCUAAAAAAGCCUAUACGAUGAGUAUCUUUAUUACUGGUUUACUCAAAGAUGUGCAAGUAACUCGGUUAUCUGAUUAUGUUAUGGACAUGGCACCGUGUAUUGCGCAAGAACAUGUAUUGGACAACUUGAUUAAAUUUGCACCUGAACCUGAUGAGAUCAGCGCAUUAAAGCAAUAUACGGGCGAUCCAGAGAAAUUAUCAGUGCCUGAUAAAUUAUCAUUGGAAAUGAUACGUAUUCCUCAAUUUAAGUUAAGAAUGCAGUGCUUGUUAUUCAAGAUGACCUUUUGGGAUAAAGUGGACGAAUUAGAAAAGGAUAUGGCCUGUAUCUUAGAUGCAUCCAAUGCGUUAAGACAUGCUAAACAGUUUAAGAAACUAUUACAAAUGAUUCUUGUCUUGGGUAAUUACAUGAAUGGAAAUACAAACAGAGGAGGAGCAUUUGGUAUUAAAAUCUCGAGUAUCAACAAGAUCAUUGAUACAAAAGGAAAUUCGUCUACGACUUUAAUGCACUUCCUUGUUGAGACAGUAGAAAAGAGUUUCCCUAAAACAACAAGAUUUUUAGACGAAUUACAUGAUUGCGAACAAGCAAGCAAAGUCAAUCGAGUGGAACUCAAUCAAGAUUUCUCUACCAUGAAACAAGAAUUAAGCUAUUUUGACAAAUUAGAGGAUAUAGACCCAUUUACACACAUCAUGAAAGCAUUUCAACAAGAAGCACAAGUGAAAUUCAAGCAGAUACAAGAAUUACAGCAAGCCUAUGAAGAAGCGUAUCAGAAAGUAGUAUCAUUUUAUGGAGAAAAUCAAAAAAUACAACCCAAUGAUUUCUUUAGCAUCUUUCAGACAUUCAGAAUGAAUUGGCAGAAAUGCUCUCAUGAACUAUUCACUGCCCAACAAACCCGAGAAAGACUAGAAGCACAAAAGCAGUAUGAAGCAGAACGUAGAAAUCAAGCAAGACAUGGUAUCACCAGCAGUAAAGGCAAAGGCAUUGAUGACACACCAUGACUUGAUCAUGGAAAACCUAUUCGCUAAACUAAUGAUGAGCCGAAGAGAGUACAAAACUAAAGAGAAACUUCAAAUGUUACGUCAACAGCCAAUCAUGCCCAGUGAAUUAGAUGCAACUGAAAUUCUUCAAUCUAUCAAGUGUGAAAAUUAACCCUCU